AUGCUCUCCCGCAUUCCCCCACAAACCCACAACUCAUACUCCGAAUUUCACGACUAUGCUCAACGGCCCGACUUGAUCAACCCCCAACCUCAGCAGCUCGCCUCCAUGCUUCAGACCCAACCCAAACCAUACGAUAAUGAUAAUCUGCAAGCCGGUCGCAAGAGGAGGGAGUCGGAGCUCGAUCAAAAUGAUCCCAACGACACCGCGGCAGUUCGACGGAGAAUAAGCCGAGCCUGCGAUCAAUGCAACCAGCUGCGUACCAAAUGUGAUGGCAAACAACCUUGUGCCCAUUGUACCGACAAUUCUCUUGUCUGCGAAUAUGCUCGCGCUCACAAGAAACGAGGGCGGGCGCCCAAGAAAGAGGCGGAUGCCACCGACGAGUCCAACUAUGUCAGUUCCACUCAACCAGCUUCCAACAAUGCGUCCGCUGUUCGCCAAUCGGCCGGACCCAGAAAGUAUUCGUCCACUUCCUACAACGGUCUCGAUGGGAAUCCCUUACCUGCCAACAACACACCCCCGAGUGCUGGGUUUGACGCCAACCACCAUCAGGCCGCUUUCUUUACCAGUUUUGAUCCCUCCUCGGGAGUGAGUAUUUCUGCCACUCGCCAAUUGCACGAAAUCGAUCAAUCAAUGGUGCCGCAGAUCACGCAAAGUCAGGCUAUUGAAUUUGCUGUCCCCAACCAGGCAUACGCGCCAUCCACCCUCGACUCCAUGCACGUGCAAGGGGCAGCACAAGGCUUUGGAUUUCCCCUGGGAGACGACUAUUCGGUCGCGUUCAUGGGCAAAGCUCCUAUGGUCGAGUCGCCGGAUUGGCUCGCUCUCACAUCGCCCAUGUUCAUCAACGACCCCUUGCCGGCUCAGCCUCGCAUCACAGAUACCCUAAGAUAUCCCGUGCUUCGUCCACUGCUGCCUCACAUUGAAUCAAUCAUUCCUCAAGCUUUGGCGUGCGAUCUGCUGGAGCAGUAUUUCACGAGUUCAACUUCAGCUUACCUGAGACCUGCCAACCCAUACAUAUUAGGCUACAUCUUCCGAAAGAAGUCCUUCUUGCAUCCUACCGAUCCUAGACCCUGUACUCCUGCGCUCCUAGCAAGCAUGUUGUGGGUUGCGGCACAAACCAGUGACGCUGCCUUCUUAACAACUCAGUUAGAUGCCAGAGCCCGGAUCUGUCAACGACUGUUGGAACUCACCAUCAACAUGCUCAAACCUCUAAUUCACAGCCACCCAAAUACCUCCGCCCCGACGCCAAACCCCAAUUAUCCGCAGAUGGCGGCCAAUGAUGGCGGUCUGGGCGCUCUUGUUGUGCCGACACAUUCGGGGGGUCACAGUGUCGAUCGGGCACAGAUUGACAACUUGGUGACCUACAUACACCUAGCUACGGUGGUGUCCGCGAGCGAACGGAAGGCAGCGAGUCUCCGGUGGUGGAAUGCUGCUUGGUCACUCGCUCGAGAAAUUCGACUGGGUCGUGAGCUCCCUCCUAAUCCGCCGGAACAGGAUGGCGAAGAGAACAACGCGGCGAGCAAUCACACAGACGGCCACUCGGGAGAAAAUCGGAAGACUUCUGUGGACGAGACACGGCGCAACUCUAUCGGUUACGUGUCGGAAGAAGAAAGAGAGGAACGACGACGGACGUGGUGGCUGCUGUACAUGCAAGAUCGGCAUCUGGCGUUGUGCUACAAUCGACCCAUGUUUUUCCUCAACAAGGAAUGUGAGAGCCUGCUGCAGCCGUUGGACGACGAUGCCUUCCAGGCAGGGCGCUUUGACAAGGCUUCGGACCCUACGCAACGAAGAAGAGGGUUGAACAUUGAAUGCACGUCGCACAGCGUGUUCGGCUACUUCCUGCCUCUGAUGGUGAUCCUGGGUGAAAUCUUAGAUCUCAAUCAUGCUCGCAAUCGACCACGGUUUGGCCCCAGGGCUAACAAGGCCAAAAACUGGGAUGACCACACAGACGAGAUCACUCAACAGCUGGAGGCGUAUGGACAGAGUCUGAAGGAUUUUGAGGCUUCUGGCGGACAUGCUCAAGAUACCAGUCACAAUGAUGUAGUUACCCCGUCAGUGGUAUCGGCGGCAACGAAUGAGUCCCACAGUGCUUCAGAGCUGGCGCUGCAGACCAAAACAGUGGUAGCCUACGGGACACACAUCAUGCACGUCUUGCAUAUCCUCCUGACCGGCAAGUGGGAUCCGAUCGCAUUGCUGGAUGACAACGAUCUCUGGAUUUCUUCCCAGUCAUUUGUAACUGCCACGGGACAUGCGGUGAGUGCCGCCGAAGCAGUGGCCGAAAUCAUCGACGAUGAUCCCGACCUGAGCUUCAUGCCCUUUUUCUUUGGAGUCUACCUUCUCCAAGGCAGUUUCUUACUGUUGUUGUUCGCCGACAAACUGCAAGGUGACGUCAGUCCCGAUGUGGUCAAGGCCUGUGAGACGAUUGUCCGAGCGCAUGAGGCAUGCGUUGCUACAUUGGAUACCCAGUAUCAGCGUAACUUCCGGAAGGUCAUGCGAUCAGCCCUUCAGCAAGUACGAGGACGCAUCCCCGAGGACUUGGCCGAGCAGCAGCAUUGGAGACGCGAGGUGCUUGCGUUGUACAGGUGGACUGGUGAUGGCACUGGCCUUGCAUUAUAA